AUGGAGCGGCUGCAGAGAAUCUUCAGCGGCGCCACCGGGAUGGGGCAGCCGGAGAGCGACUCGCCGCUGCUCGACUCCUCCGAGCAGGUCUACAUCUCCUCCCUCGCUCUCCUGAAGAUGCUCAAGCACGGGAGGGUCGGCGUGCCCAUGGAGGUGAUGGGCCUGAUGCUGGGCGAGUUCGUCGACGACUACACGGUCAGGGUGGUGGAUGUCUUCGCCAUGCCGCAGAGCGGGACCGGGGUCAGCGUCGAGGCCGUCGACCACGUCUUCCAGACCAACAUGCUCGACAUGCUCAAGCAGACCGGGAGACCUGAAAUGGUGGUAGGGUGGUACCACUCGCAUCCUGGAUUUGGUUGCUGGCUUUCAGGAGUUGACAUCAAUACUCAGCAGAGUUUUGAAGCUUUAAACCCCAGGGCAGUUGCUGUUGUGAUAGAUCCCAUCCAGAGUGUCAAGGGGAAGGUAGUCAUCGAUGCAUUCUGUCUCAUUAACCCUCAGACCAUGAUGCUUGGCCAGGAGCCAAGGCAGACAACAUCCAAUGUUGGGCACCUAAACAAACCAUCUAUUCAGAUGUUUGUGUUAUCUCUGUGUUGCCAGGCACUUAUUCACGGGCUGAACAGGCACUACUACUCCAUUGCAAUCAAUUACCGGAAAAAUGAGCUUGAGGAGAAGAUGCUGCUGAACUUACACAAAAAGAAAUGGACUGAUGGGUUGAUUUUAAAGAAAUUCGACACCCACUCAAAGACCAACGAGGAGACUGUUCAGGAAAUGCUGAGUCUGGCCAUCAAAUACAACAAGGCAGUGCAAGAGGAGGAUGAGCUGCCGCCUGAGAAACUAGCGAUAGCAAAUGUCGGGCGGCAGGAUGCAAAGAAGCACUUGGAGGAGCAUGUCUCCAAUUUGAUGUCAUCGAACAUAGUACAGACCCUAGGGACCAUGCUUGACACAGUGGUCUUUUAG